GAAUCAAGACACCCUUAGAGGCAUCUUCAUCUGCGCAGAGAUGGUGGAUUUCGGGGAAAUUCUCAAAGCCAUCGGAGACUUUGGCUUCUUCCAGAAGCUUCUUCUCCUUGCUUUGGCUUCGCCGCACUUUUUGCUCCCGGUGUUCUUCUGCAGCUUUCUUUUUAUCCAGUCUGACCCGGAGAGACACUGUAACACAGACUGGAUCCUCAAAGCUGCUCCCAACCUGACCGCAGAGGAGCAGCUGAACCUCACUCUGCCCCGGGAGGAGGAUGGGAGCUUCAGCAGGUGUCGGAUGUUCGUCCCUGUGGACUGGGACAUCCACACCAUCAGGGAGCACGGACUUAAUGACACCACAGCAUGCACAGAUGGAUUUGUGUACGAGAAUAUGCUGUACGAGUCCACCAUAGUUACCGACUUCAAUCUUGUCUGUGAGAAGUCUAAUAUGGCUGAAGUUACACAGACCAUCUUCAUGACGGGUAUGCUCGCAGGCUCAUUCAUCUUUGGACCAGUUGCUGACUUGUACGGCCGCAGGAGAACCACCCAGCUCCCAGUCGUCCUCUUGUUAAUAUUUAUCAUAGCUGCUGCCGUGUCUCCAAAUGUCCACGUUUACAACGUGUCCCAGUUCAUUGUUGGAGCAAGCCUGGGAGGAUACAGGAUGAACUCUGUCGUGUUAGCGACAGAAUGGAUCGGGAUCAACAAAAGGUCCCUCGCCUCCUGUGUGAGCCAGGUGUUUGGGAGCUUUGGCCAGUGUGCUUUGGCUGGUCUGGUCUAUGUGGUCCGUGACUGGAGGAAGGCGCAGUACGUCGUGGCGGGGGCAGAGGCUGUGGUGUUCCUCUACAUAUGGUGGAUUCCUGAAUCGGCAAGGUGGCUCUUGGGACAGGGAAGAGUUGAUGAAGCUGAGAAACUGAUCCGAAAAGUUGCAGCAAUCAACAAAAAGGAUGUCCCGGAGAACCUGCUUGAGAAGGUAAGUGAGGAGAAAAAAGUAGAGAAUGCAGGCAUCAAAGCUAUUUUUACCUCAGCAGUGCUGAUAAAAAACUUCUUCAUCAUAUCCUUUGCCUGGUUUUCAUUGAACCUUGGCUACUUCUGCCUUGUUCUGAACGUGGGCAAGUUUGGUCUGAACAUCUUCUUGGUCCAGUUCCUGUUUGGGAUCUCAGAGGUGCCUGCACAUCUCCUCUGCAUCUGGUGUUUGGAGUUUUUUGGAAGAAAGAAGUCCCUGGUAUCGACACUCCUCGUAGGGGGGGCUGUUUGCCUUUUAACCCUGGCUUUUCCUCAAGACAGCGCAGUAGCCAUCACCGCCCUGGUAACCACAGGCAAAUUCUUUUUGAACUGGGCCGGCUCGGUGUGUUUGGUUUACGUUCAAGAACUGUUUCCUACUUCUAUCAGGCAAACUGCUGUGUCCUUGAGCUCCAUAGCCUUUCGAGUUGCAGGGUUGCUGUCUCCUUUGCUCAACAUGUUGGCUGUAUACCACCGCUCCAUACCCAUCAUAGUCUUUAGCAGCCUGGCUGUGCUCAGUGGAGCUCUGGGCUUGCUGCUUCCUGAGACCAGCAGGAAAGAUCUUCCUGAUUCAACCAGUGAUGGCAAGAGCAACGGGGGUCUGACCAACGAGAAGCCUGGAAGUGACAUCUCCAUGGCUGAAAUCCACACCCAGAAAUCCACCAAACUCUAA